CCUCCGCAAUCACGGCCCGGAGUAGGCGCCGGAAGUCCCGGGGGCUCAGGGCAUCGCGCAAUGCAUGCUGGAACAUGUAGUCGGUCUGAAGUCGGCUCCCGCUCGCGAUUUCAUCCCACGUCCGGUGGCAGAAGAGGCCUCCUUGGCCGAGCAUUGUGGGAGUUGUAGUUGACUCUUCGCCCCGUCUCUUGCGUUGUGCUCACUUGACUCAGCUACCCUCGGCUGCCAUUUCAUACCAGGACCCCUCUUAAUUCCUCAUCUACGUGGAGGGGCAUGAGUGACACUGAUGCCUGCCACAGAGAUGGAUGACUUCCGACGGUCCUACCUUAGGCUGUGCAAGGAGAGCGGUGCUGAACCCCAGGAAAGUAUCCUGCAGCACUUGGAGGAAGCCUCAGGGAAAAGCCGCUUGGAUUUAGCUACACACACCCUUUCUGUGGAAACCUGCGGGGUCCUGGGCAAGCUCUUGCAGGAUGAACUCCAGUUCACCGAGAUCACGCUGAGCAAUUGUAUGCUGAGUGAAGAAGGGGCUAAGCUACUACUUCAUGGACUUUGUUCCAACACUGUUGUGAAAUCCUUGGAUCUGAAGGGAAACAACCUACGAUCUGUGGGGGCAGAGGCUCUGGGGAAACUGCUCAGGCAGAACAAGACAAUCCGGAGUCUCACUUUGGAAUGGAACAACGUGGGUGUGUGGGAAGAAAGCUUUGCCAUUUUCUGCGAGGGCCUUGGCGCCAAUGGUCACAUCCAGUACCUGGAUCUGCGCAAUAACCAGAUCAACCACCAGGGGGCAGGAGAGCUGUCCAUGGCGCUGAAAGCCAAUUCCAGUCUUCGGGAACUUGAUCUGCGCUGGAAUAACAUUGGGCUCCUGGGGGGCCGUGCACUCCUGAAUUGCCUGCAUAGCAACCGGGCACUACGACAACUGGAAUUGGCCGGGAACAAUGUGCCCAGUGACAUCCUGAAGGCUGUGGAUCAAGCCAUGGAACACAACCAAGAACGUCAAAACAUCCUCUGCAAGAGUCGGAGCAUGACCCAAGUGCUCAGCAAAGAGGUGAUAAGCUUGAAGGAGAAGAACUCUAGACAGUACCUGGAUAUGAUGGACACCAUUGACAAGCAGCGAGAGGUGAUGAACCACAGCAGUAGGGUAUCAGCGACACGAAUUGGGCAGUUGCAAGAGGCCCUGAUGGAGCGACAUUCCGUGUUGAACUCACUACAAGCAAAGCUCCAAAUGACGGAGGCCGCUUUGGCUUUGUCCGAGCAGAAGGUGUGCAACCUGGGAGAGCUGCUGAGUAUGGCAAAGCAGGAGCAGGCGAGGCUGGUUGAGAGCCAGGUCAAAGAGUUGCAGCAACACAAAAUGGCAUCUGCUAAUCGAGAGGCAACACUUCAGCGAGAACUUUCAGCAGCCCAUGAGAAGAAUCUCCUGCUCAAGAAUCAGGUGGACGACCUGGAAAGAAGGUGCAAAGCACAGCAGGAACAGCUCUUCCAGGUGAAGGAGGACCUGACCCACAGAACUGCAGAAAUGAAGCUGAGGGCUGUACAGGCUGAAGAGCGUUUGGAGAUGGAGAAGAAGAGGUUCAAGCAGAUCCUUGAAGAUGCAGAGUCCCUUCGGCUGAAGGAGGUAGAUCACCUGAACCAUCACAUGGAGGCAAGUGAGCGGUCCCUGCAGGAGCGCAUCCAGAGGCUGGAAGCCAUCCGCAUAGGGCUUGAGGAGGAAUUGAGCCGAGUGAAAGCCGCUGCCCUUGUAGAGCGAGGCCAGAUUGAGGAAGAGCUCAUCAAAGCCAAGAACCAAGCCAGGUUGGAAGAGCAACAGCGACAGGAGCACCUGGAGGAGAAGCUGCGGCUGAUGAUGCAGUCCCGCGACGAGGCUCAGAAUUACUGCCUGCAGCAAAAGCAAGCAGUGGCUGAGGCCCAGUCUAAGGAGGGCCACCUGAGCCUACAAGUGGAAGGGCUCAAGAGGCGGGUGGAAGAACUUCAGCAGGAGUUGAGCAGCAAGGAACAGGAGAAGGUAACUGAGAUCAACAAAGUGCGAGUAGGGCUGCAGGAGAAGAUAGGGCACCUUGAGGCCGAGAGGACAGCACAGGAAGGGCUGCAGGAGAAGAUUGCAGCCCUGGAGCGACAGCUGAAAGUUCUGUCCAGCAACCACCGGGAGGCGCUACUGGACAAAGAGGGCGAAGUCUCAAGCCUCCUGGAGAAGCUGCGGGUUCGUGAGGCAGAGAUCUCCAGGAUGAGGGAUGAGGAAGCCCAGCGAGUCAGCUUUCUUCAAAACGCCAUCAUGUCUUAUGUGCAGGGCUCCCCGCAAAGCACUCAGAGCCCCAAGAAGUGAGCAUGAAGAUCCUGGCUUCAAGGAAUAGAGUCUCAGAAUUAUUACUGUGGACAGGUUGUGUAGUAUCAUGGAGUCCAUCUUCCUUAUGUCGCUGGGAGAGCCUGCAAGAGAGACUGCAUUGCGUCAGCUUACCUGAGGCUGGGCCUGAGGUAUCACUGGAGUGUUUGCCAUUGCCUUAGGAACUAUUUUAAUGGUCCGCACCAAAGCCAAGUCUUGCUUAAACCUGCAAACUGUGGGGAAGUCUCCAAGGCAAAGCCAUCCAUUCCAGUUUGUGAGACCACAGAAAGGUCUGGUCACACGGGCAGGAAAUACGAUGUCUUCUUGUAUGACAGGCAUUGGCCUCGGCCCUUGGUCCGAUGCACAUUACCUCAGUGGCAUGACCUAAAGCAAAAGCCCCCUACCAGCAGCAAUGUGGUCAACUGUCCUACUGUAUCAGGAACAAGUGAAAGCACCCAUUUCUCAGAUACUCCAGAUCAUGUAGGUAUUUCCCACACCAGACUUUCACCUGCACAGGGACUACUGAUGCAGACAUGGGGGAAAUUCUAUUCCAUGGAGAAGGUUGGGACAGGAAUUGCUUUGUAUAGCCUGGUCUACAUCCAUCAGCUCCUUCCACAGAGCAUAUGAUUUGCCUUCCAUGCUCGGGAGGAGCCCUCUUGUUGCAGCUUUCUAAAGUGAUCAUUACAGUGAGCGAACCUCUAGCUGCCGGUGCAUUAUUUCCUUGGCCUGAAAGUGGUACAGGCUUGGGUGGCCUAAUGGGGCAAGGAUGGGGCAAAUUUGCCGUGUUGCUUUUAUGGGAGUUAUGAACAUGGGAGUGGCAAGCUUGGUGUUCGUUUAUAAUUCCAACUUUAAAAGUAGGAUAAAAAUGAAAUGUUUGUACUUUCGCUCCAGUUCAAGGGCCGGUUUGUGCACAGACCAGUGUUCAUUCUAUGUGUCUUUUCACGUAUAACUAUUACACUGUUGUUUAUGUAUAAUUUGACAAUGGCCUGGUUCACAAGACAUGCUAAGCCAAACCUUAGCUUAGCGAGACCACGCAGUCUCCCCAGGGAAAAGCUUUCAGCUGCUUUACUUCUCCCUUGUCCUUUAUGUUGCCAAACUGCACUGAGCUCAGCUAAUGUUUGGUUUAACAUGUCGUCUGAACUGUGGUUAGUGAUGAGACUACGUAACCACAAGCCCCGGUUCAGAUGACACAUCUUGGCUUAGCUCAGCACAGCAGCUAAAAGCACCAGGGAAGAAUAUAGCAACUGUGAGCUCCUCUCCAAGAGCUACGCACUCUUGCCAUCUCUCACUAUGCAAAGGUUUGGCUUCCUGUGUCAUGCAAACAAGACCCAUGUAUGUCUACCCACCCUUCAUACACGCUACAAAAAUGAAGUAGCUCAUUUAUAUAAGGUACUAUUAUGAGUCUGACCAAACUGCGGGAGGCGGUGCAAGACAGGAGUGCCUGGCGUGCUAUGGUCCAUGGGGUCACGAAGAGUCGGACACGACUAAACGACUAAACAACAACUAUUAUGAACCACCCUGUGAUCUUCAGGUGAAGGAUGGUAUACAAAUUUUAAUUAUAAUGAUGAUUAUGAUGAUAAUAAUAAUAAUAAUAAUAAUAAUAAUAAUAAUAAUAAUAAUAUAUAGUAAUGCUCCAGUGGGUUUUGAGGAGGCAAAAUCCCCCUCCUAUAGUCUGGAAUGUUCACCAAACUUCACAGUAGGCUGUGUGUGUUUGCAGCUUCCAAUAAUACAAAUUAUGUGCGGAAAUAAUUUUGUUUCUUUUCAGAUUGUUGCCACCAUUUGUAUGGGGAAGCAAUACCACUCAUUUCUUACACUUUCCAUUUCCCCAAAACUGGCAGAAAUCCAAAACGGCUUUCUAAAGGAAAUAUUUUAUCUCUUCUCUUCCAAGCCCCUGUUAAAAUACGAAACGCAUUGUAUGAAUAUGGCCUGAACUUAAAGCUUGUUAACACAGGGUCUUCUAAGAGGUCAAGGCAGGCCUGCUUAGUUUUUCUUGGCAUAUUAGCCAAUGGCAGGUGGCUUCCUUGUGCAAGAUGAGGAUAUAAUUGUAACGUUUUGUACAUCUUCAGUAGCUUUUCAAGUUUCUUAUCGUUUUAGGGAUGAUCUAUUGGUGGUGGGUUUAAUAGUGCUUGAGAACUGCAUGUGCUUGAGGUGGGAUUUCAAGCAUCUGCCCCUUUUUCUGCCUUCACUAACACGGUGUCCUUCUGCUUAUACGAAAGCAACAUGGCUGGCGACAGAAAGGACACAGCUCAGCUAGAGAAGAGUGUUUGCAAAGGCAGCGGGGUGAGAAAAAGGACAAAGCUAUCCUAGUUUAUUCUUUGCUCUUUCAAAGCUUUGUUUAUGUGGUUUGGGAGGGAACCUGAGUGCUGUUUGCUCAUGUCUGUCUGGAGUAAUCAGUGCCCUGCAACCCUCUGCCCAAUGGCAAGGACAUCCCUUCCCCCAUGCACACAUCAACAGUGCCCCAGGCGUCUGGUUUUAUGGAGGCAGGCUCUUAAAAAAAAUAAAAUCCUUGCAUGGGUGUUUAAUGGGAUCUGACUGAUUCUGUGGGAAAGCAGAAAUUUGUUCCCUCUUAGGCUUGUCCUGCAUUUUGGGGAGCUAAUCGAAAGGAGCAGCAAAUCAGCAACCAUCUUCAGCUAUUUUACUAAAUCUCAGUGCCAAUUUGAGGUUUUCCGUAAUGUGCGGGUGGCAAUUGAUGAGUAGUCAUAUAUGACACUAAAAGUGACUGUGAGCCUCGUGUCACACUUUAAAUGCACACAAAAGUUGCCAUUACGCAAUAAAACACACACAAGAUCAUUUUUUAAAAAAUCAAAGAUACUUUCUAACAAAUACCUUUGCAUUUAUUUAUUUUUGUUCACUGCUCUAGCAAGGGCUGCUAAGAAGCUUUGCACGACAAGAACAUACAGUUUAACAAUAACAGCAUUGAAACAAAGGGUUUUCUCAUAAUGCAAAAUAAACAGGCAUAGCUGGUACAAAGGCCUUUCAACUGCUUAGAAUACUCCAUGUAUAGAACCAGUACAUUGGCUGGAAAUAUCAUCACAUAUGGUCUAAGAGUUACCGGUAUAGGGGGCAACCCCCCUCCCAAAUGGUGCCCCUGGAGAGACAUGAUUACUUGCCUAGAGCCACUUGGUUGAAAUUAGCUUUGCAUCUCUUAGGUCACAGCUUGGCUGCUAUCCAGAGAACUACAUUGGUUUCCUGAACUUACUCUUGACUGCUAGACCAUGACGUAUACUGUAGUGUAUAGCAAAGAUCAGAAGAACUGCGUCCCCAUGGAUGCUCCCUGCAGCAAGCAGCAACUAUGGUUGGCAAAUCUAUUUUCAGUCCCGAAGACACAACUCAGCUUCCCCACUCCACCCCCUCAGGCCCUGAGAAUGCCAUAAUUUCAUAAGUUCUCUUGGUUGGAGUUUGAGAGAAAACAUUGCACGUACACACACAUACACAGUGCUAUUUUUUCUAGAAAAAGAGGUGCCGGAACUCACCAUGAACACUUCCCUUGUUCUCUUAUAAUGGCAAUGGCGCCCACCUGAGGGGAGCUCAAGGUGGUGUACAUUGGCUCUUCCCCUCUCCAUUUUAUCAUCACAAUAACCCUGUUAGGUAGGCUAGACUGAGAAGGAGUGGCUGGUCCAAGGUCAAGCUGUGAGUGAGCUUCAUGGCCGAGUGGAGAUUUGAACCCUGGUCUCCAAGCCCCUAGUCCAACACUAUAACCAUGACACCAUACUGGGUGUCAAUUACCUGUUCUCGGGCACCUGUGUUUCCAGCAGCUUUUGGAAAGAUGAUUUGUAUAUAGACAGUUCCUUGAGUGUUUGCCUGAGUUGGCCUCCAGGGCAAGGAAAGCGGCUGGGUGUUUCUGCACUUAUUCUUGGGAAGCUGCCUCCACUACUGUUCAUUUGAGGUUAUGUAUCAGGGCUUUUAACCAACCACAGAGUCUAGGACUUGCCAAUCAGAAG